AUGACACCAACAAAUGAGGACGGUGUGGAACCGCCACAGAUAGUUGUUUUAGACGGAGGAUUCUCUACGCAACUUUCCUGUCACGUAGGUCAUGUCAUUGACGGUGACCCUCUCUGGAGCGCCCGCUUCUUGCACACACACCCCAACGAGGUUGUGAAUACUCAUCUUGACUUCCUUAGAGCUGGGGCCAAUUUUAUAAUAACGAAUACAUAUCAAGCAUCCGUCGAGGGUUUUGUGGAACACUUGGACCUGACACCGGAGCAAGGAUAUGAGCUCAUCACCAGAGCUGUUGAACUCGCGAAGCAGGCUCGUACAUUGUAUCUUGAGGAGUAUGAGAAUUACAUACAAAACGAUCACGUCCCACUAGUUGUAGGAUCUGUAGGACCAUAUGGGGCUCAUUUGCACGAUGGCUCGGAAUACGACGGCAGUUACGCGGACACAACAUCUGUUCAGACAAUGCGUGAAUGGCAUAGACCUCGUAUUCAAGCAUUAAUAGAAGCUGGAGUGGAUCUACUGGCUUUAGAGACGAUACCUUGUCAAGAAGAGGCCGAGAUGUUGUGUGACUUGUUGCGCGAAUUUCCCAAUAUGAAAGCAUGGCUAUCAUUCAGUUGCAAGGAUAAUCAAAGCAUAGCUCACGGUGAAAGUUUUCAAAAAGUGGCUAAGAAAUGUUGGGAGUCGAAUUCAGAUCAGCUGGUGGCUGUGGGGGUGAACUGCUGCGCCCCUUCGUUUGUGACCAGUCUAUUAAAGGGGAUCAAUGACGAUAGGCCGCACGACCCCAUACCCCUCAUCGUUUACCCCAACUCCGGCGAAAAGUACAACCCGCAAAUUGGAUGGAUAGACCGCGAUAAGUGUGAGCCCGUGGAAGUGUUCAUCCAGGAAUGGUUGGAUUUAGGAGUACGAUACGUGGGCGGGUGCUGUCGUACAUACGCAGCAGAUGUAUCAAGAAUACGUAACCAGGUCCAUUGCUGGAGAGACCGUUGGCGCUUCCAGCAUAGGUUUACAUCAAACACUCAGAAUAAUAAUUGA